AUGAUAUUCGUCCUCAAGCCUAAGGAGAUUGAUGCCACCAGGUCAGGGCUGCGGAGCCAGGGAAAUCUAGCCACCCUCACUCCUGCCCUUUCCACCUCUAGGGGGACCAUAGCCAGUGCAGAAUUCUCACUUCCUACAACCCUAGGCCCCAGCCCAGAUCCUGGCGACAGUGAGGUGAAGCUGAACUGCUGGUUUGACAAGGAGUUCAAGUUCAUUCUGCUGCCUGUGAGCUACACAUUUGUCUUUGUGCUGGGCCUAGGCCUCAAUGCCCUGACCCUCUGGCUCUUCCUGUUUCGCAUCCAACCCUGGGAUGCAAAGACCACCUACAUGUUCCACUUGGUCUUAUCAGACACUUUGUAUGUGCUGUCACUACUCACCCUCAUCUACUAUUAUGCACCCCACAAACACUGGCCCUUUGGCACUGGGCUCUGCAAAUUCAUUCGCUUUCUCUUCUACUGGAACCUCUACUGCAGCGUCCUUUUCCUCACUUGCAUCAGUGAGCACCACUACCUGGGCAUCUGCCACCCACUGUGGGCACUGUGCUGGGGUCACCCACGCUUUGAAAGCCUCCUCUGUCUGACAGUUUGGUUUAUCGUAGCUGGUUGCCUCAGGCCCAACUUGUUUUUUGUCACAACCAGCACCAAGGGGGACACCAUCCUGUGCCAUGAUACCACACGGCCCAAGGAGUUUGACCACUAUGUGCACUUCAACUCAGCCAUCAUGGGGCUGCUCUUUGGUGUGCCCUGCCUGGUCAUUAUUGUCUGCUAUGGGCUCAUGGCCCGGCGCCUGUAUCGGCCCUUGCCAGGGGCUGCCCAGUCAUCUGCUUGUCUGUGAUCUGUCUGCACCAUCACUGUGGUGCUGAUCAUCUUUGCCAUUUGCUUCAUGCCUUUCCAUAUCACCUGCAGCAUGUAUUACAUGACAAGGCUGGUGGAAGCCAACUGACAGGUGCUGAGCAUUGUCAAUUUGGUCUACAAAGUGACUUGGCCUCUGGCAAGUGCCAACAGCUGCCUGGAUCCUGUGCUCUACCAGCUGUCAGGGGAAAGAAGAUCAUAAACUUUGCCUGACCUGCCCCACAUGGCUGCAUCCUCCCUAGCACUGGUGACCCUGCCUGAGGAUGGAAGGUACAGGUGGAUAGUCAUCCCCAUGAACAGUGGCUUCCCUACCCCUGAGGCAGCUAGAUUGUAA